AUGCCUUUCAAUUUUUUAUGUUGUGUGAGGCCUGGUGUUGAAGAUAUAGUAGAAUUAGAUUAUUCUCAUCAGUCCUUGACAGAUGUACCCACAGACGUUUUUAUUUACGAGAGAACUUUGGAAAAAUUGUUAUGCCAGUGUAAUCGUAUCACGGAGUUACCACGACAAUUAUUCAUGUGCCAUGGCUUAAAGUAUUUAGAUCUAAGUGAUAAUGAGUUACAAGCAAUACCAUCAGCCAUUUCUUCAUUAGUUAAUUUACAAUAUUUGAAUAUUAACAGAAAUACCUUAGCUUCCAUUCCUGACAGCAUGAAGGCACUCAAACAUUUAUUAUUUUUAGAUCUUAGUGUCAAUCCAUUAGAAAAGUUGCCUGACACUAUCACUAAUCUUAUAGCCUUACAGGAGUUGUACCUUAAUGACACAUACCUUGAAUAUCUUCCCGGAAAUUUUGGACGACUUGCACAUUUGCAUAUUCUAGAGCUUAGAGAUAAUUAUUUAAUGAUAUUGCCCAAGUCUUUGUCUAGAUCCACAGAAUUAUUAAGAUUAGACAUUGGACAAAAUGAGUUCCAACAAUUCCCUGAAGUCAUUGGAAGAUUCUUAAAAUUGAAGGAAUUGUGGAUUGAUGGUAAUAGCUUUACAAGCAUAUCAUCUGUUAUAAAACCAUUAGAGAAUUUAGUGCAUUUGGAAGCUAGUAAUAAUAUGAUAGAUGAAUUGGCUCCGGAGAUUGGUAACUGUACACAAUUGCAAGACUUAUGUUUAUCAAUAAAUAACUUGACUCACUUACCAGAUACCAUAGGUAAACUUAGUAAUUUGACAUCAUUGAAAUUAGAUAAUAACAGACUAUAUUCCAUUCCAGAAAGUAUAGGACAGCUAAAGAACUUAGAAGAACUUAUGUUGAUGUGCAAUUACUUAGAUAACCUUCCUUCAUCAAUUGGACUUCUAAGGAAGUUACAAUAUCUUAAUGUAGAUGAAAACAUGCUGAGAUUUAUCCCACCUGAAAUAGGGAGCUGCAGCAAAUUAUCUGUACUAUCACUAAGAGCAAAUAAAUUAGCUAAAGUACCACCUGAAGUUGGUCACUUGACCUCAUUAAGGGUUCUCAAUUUGGUGAGAAAUUCUCUUAGUUUUUUACCACAGUCUUUAUUGAAUUGUGAAAAUUUAGUUGCUCUAUGGCUCUCUGAAAAUCAAAGUAAGCCAUUGGUACCCAUGCACUCGGAGGUGGAUUCUCAUACUUAUGAACAAGUCCUAACCUGCUAUCUUUUUCCUCAAGUUCCCUUGGAACCUAUUGAGUUAAAGAUAGAAAAAGAGAAGCCUGAAACUGGUGAUGCACAUAAUUCUGUUCGACACAUCAGUUUUGUUGAUAUGAAGCCCACAGUAAAAGUUCCAGAAAAGGGUGGACAAUUGCGCCGUGCACCAACUCCCUAUCCAAAAGAACUUAGAGCUAUGGCAAAACAUGCUAGAAACAUUCACAAAGAUGGAGCUCAAGAUGUUGCCCCGUUGCAAAACCCUGUUCAUAUCAAAGCUGCAAAAAUAACGCCUACCUUGCAGCAGAGAUUUGCUUCAGACAAUCAGAAACAAGACAUAAGCACUUCAGGCAAAGAAAAUACAAAUCCUACAAAUCAAGAUCCUAUGAAUGUAUCUGUUUAUGAUAAUCUUCCUAUUGACAAUACCUAUGACAAGCCCUUAGAUCUUGCACAAGAACAAGAUAAAACAUAUAAAAGUGUAGACCAUGCAUUAUACUCCGAGAAUCAAGUAAAUGAGGUCAAUAAUUAUAAAGAUGAUUCUUCUACUUAUUCACUAGCCCCUACUCACUAUAGCUUUAGUCAAAAUGACAAGUACAUACGGCAAGAGCCAAGUCGGAACCCUAGUUGUCAAGUGCAACACAGUAAUUAUUUAGAACACGAAAGUUUUUUACCCAAUUGUGAAGAUAGCUAUAGAAAUUGCACUGAAGAAUCUUGUGAACAAAUGCAGAGAUUAAGCCUCAGCUCACAAGAUAGGCAUUGUGCUGACGAAUCUUUGUUAGCAUCACAUUUCAGGGAUACUUCAUAUGAUUCAAGAUGUAUGGUGGACAGCAAUCUUGGGUGUGAUGCAAUAUAUAGUACAAAAGAAACAUGUUACGGUAGAACUGACGAAAGUUUUCAUGAAUCAACAUAUCGGGGAGAAACAUAUUCAUCUGCAAGAGAAAAGCUAUUUGGGCGUAAAAAUUAUGAUGUUUUUAACUAUCACCCGAAUGUGAAUCGGCAACUACCAAGUCCUCGGUUACAUACUGUGAGUCAAAUUGUAAGUUCUACAACAAUGCCUAAUAUUAGUCAUUAUAAUAAUGUCCGGUCCAGCCCUAGAGAAGACUUGCAUUUUCCUACAGCUAUGCAUACAGCAUCCUCAGCUAAUGCUAAUAUGUAUGAUAUAUCAUCGUCUAGCCCAACAUACGUUGCUACACAAUCACCUGAACUCUAUUCUCCAACUGGACAUACAAAUGACACCAACCCCUAUCGUAUGACAAAUACACCUUUGGUAUCAGAUGAUGGUAGCUUUGGUCAUUUACAGCCAAUGCUUCCUCAAAAUAUGUAUGAUUUAUAUGAAGCAAUACCGGCAUCCUCUACUGAACCAAAUAUAAUAAAUAGGCACAUCCCUAGUGGGACUGAUGGAGGUUAUAUGCGAGGCCAGCCACCGCCUUAUCAUAUAGCAGCACCAUAUACAAAACAUGCUCAGUAUUUUAAUGGAACUGGUGGAUAG